AUGGGCAAGCGCAAAGCAAAUGGAGAUGACAAACAGGCGUCGAAGGACAAGAUGGACGUUGAUGGCGAACUCAGUGGCAGUGAAGAUGACACCGAAAUGCUAGACGUCGACUUCGAAUUCUUCAACCCAGAUUCAGAAGUAGAUUUUCACGGUCUGAAGAACCUCCUUCGGCAGCUUUUCGAUGCAGACAACCAAUUAUUCGACUUGAGCGCACUGGCAGGCAUGAUCCUCGAGCAGCAGGAUAUAGGCACGACUAUCAAAUGCGACGGCAAAGAGAGCGAUCCAUAUGCCUUCAUGACGAUUCUCAACCUGUACCAACAUCGAAGCAAGGCUGUGAUUCAGCAACUUACGAAUUACAUACUCUCGAGAGUCAGAGCAUCAGGAGACCAGAGUCUUGCCAAUCUCGAAGCUCUCUUGUCGGAGAAGUCGUCUGCGCGAGUCGGUCUUAUCCUCACGGAACGCUUCAUCAACAUGCCUCACCAAGUCAUCCCGCCACUAUACAAUAUGCUGCUAGAAGAAAUGCAAUUGGCGGUCGAAGACAAGAAGCCAUACGAGUUCACGCAUUAUAUUGUCAUGAGUAAAACUUACACGGAAGUCGAGUCGAAAUUGGAUGCCGAAGACAAUCCGCCUUCCAAGAAGAAGAAGGCCGGUGCUUCUUCGAAUUCGCCAGAGACGUUCUUCUUCCAUCCAGAGGACGAGGUCUUGCACAGGUAUGCACUGGGCUGGACAAAUUUUGACUACGAAACGCAAGGCGAUGAAGGCGCUAGCGAUUCGAGGAGGGUCUUCACGGAGAAUGGUAUCAAGCCGCAAGGGCAUUUGACUUUGAUGGAAAGUGAGAAGUUCAAAGAUGCUGUGAAAGCCGUGGGCGAGUAUUUGAGUGCGGAGUGA